AAUUGGCCUGGUCUAUGAGGCGAUUAAGUGUGAUGUUAGCGGUGGUUUGUAUGCGAUAUGUUUGUACAAAACGUCACGUAUUCACUUUUCAUUUGAUACCUUAAAUGCCAGAGAUGUACGCAUGGUGAGCCAGUGCGAUCAAAUGAAUGUUAGCAUGUGUUUGUGUAUGCAAAGCCAAAAGCACACACAUGAUACCUUGGCUUUGGCGGAGAAAGUUGUUUUGGUGCGCUCGUCGCUGCUUCAUAACAUUUUGCUCACUCUUUCUUUCAUUCAUUCGAACACCAUGUUGCCUUUGCAAAUGAAUCGAUUGUGCCAAGUCGACUGUGCGUCUGUGUGUCUGUGUGAUUUUGUGGUGAACGACGACUACGAGUCCCAAAUGGUUAAAGUAUUGUUUGAUUUGGUUGAUACUCAAAACAAUUGGUAAACAGUUGGUUGUGAUCGCUGCUGCCGAGCAGUUGAAGAAAUUCGUUUACAGUGGAAACUUGUUCGAUUGCGCUCACAAAAUGCGCGCUGGCAUUUUCAAAUAAAACUACGUCAAAAACUUGCAAACUUGAAUAUACAAACGUUGUGUUUUAACGAUUAUUUCAUACGAUUUCCUAUAUUACGGAGAGCGCAAUAUUGUAUGUUAUUGUGUGCAUUUUGCCAUUUUCAUUUCGAUUAUCGAAGUUUGGAAUUCAUUUUUUUCUUCUUCAUUUUGUUGAAUGCCGUGUGUGUGCAAUUUAAACGCAUCCGAAAGUGAAUUUUAUUAAAUAGACGUAACAUUCAAGGAAAAUUUCUUUAAAUAAUCGAAAGUGAAUGAAUGAUGAAUAAAUAAUCUUCAAAUGACAUAGUCACAAACAUAUCACGGUUGAGGUGGAUCAAUUGAAUGUAUGAGAGAAUAAUUAAUUAAAAUGCAAUGAGCAAUUCAAUCUUUACACCGACAUGAAGAAAAAGAGAGUAGCUAAUCAGUGAUCACAUGUGCUCGUUUUCGAUAAUUAUCACGAAUCAACCACAUUCGCAUUUAAGUGAAUUGAACAAAUAUUUACCAAGUUGCAAGUAUAACAUUUUGAUUGAUGUUAAAGAGAUUGACUACUGUUUCGGUCACUUUUGCAUCGAAAAGCCCAUGCAAAUACAUUCAAAAGUAAAGAAAAAUACUAUUAACAAUCUAGUGAUUGAUGCAUGGAAUGCGAUACACCGCAAAUGGAAUUGAGAAAAACAACAAAAGUGGAACACACACAGCGACUAUUCGACGGUAGGAAAACAAAAACAUAACGCGUCGCGAUCACUUUAAGAGAUCAAUGAUUCGGUUCGAAAUUCAAUUAAUGUCUGAUUUGAAGUGGAACGGUAAUUGCUAUAACAAUUAUAAUAUUGCACGUCGACAAAUUGUUAUUGAAUUAAAAAAAGUGAAGAUCGCAGAAAAACUCAACUAGAAAUUAUCACGAUUGACAUAAUCAUCAAAUAGAAAACCACACAAAUGUAAUAUUAUCAGUGGAACGUGAAACAAUUCGCGCAUAUAUUGAAAAGAAAGCAUAAACACAUUCGAUCCGAACGGAAAACAAAAACGAAAAAUAUAGGAAGAAAGAUAUUAGCAUUUUUUUUUGUGUAUGAGUCGGCGAGAGACAUUGAAUACGUGUAAAUUUGCCAACUUGGAAUAAUUAAUUGACGAUUUGAUUUUCGGAAAUUCACACCAAACAUGGUGAUUCAUUUAUUGGCUUCGGCUAGCGCCAGUGCGGCCAAAGCGGCCGUUCCGGCUGUAUUCAGUGCCUCGUCGUCAUUGGUAGGAUCGGCGGUCAAAUCGGUCGCAUCGACGGCGGUCAAAUCGGUCGCAUCGACGGCUGUUAAAUCAAUUGCGUCUACGGCCGGGAAAGCAGUGGCUUCGGGUGUGGCAGCGGUGGUUCCUGCGGUUGUUGGAACGGCGGGCAAAGUCGUUUCGGCCAAAGCGGCUGCCAUCACUGGUAUCGGUUCAACAUUGCUUAAAGCAACACCAAUCAUUGGGCCCGCUGCGAUUGGGAUUGGUAAAUUAACUGCGACCAUUGCAAUUGCAUUGAAAGCAGCCACCGCCAUUAUUGGAGUUGGAAAAAUUUCAAUAUUACCCGUUUUAAUUGCAUCGCUUGUUUUCUAUAAUUACGACUUUUUCGACCCCGAAAAUCGGCCAUUCAACGUAAAACAAGUGGAUGCCGAGUACGAUUUUGUGAUAGUCGGCGGAGGUUCCUCCGGCUCGGUAUUGGCCAAUCGAUUGAGUGAGAUCAGCAAUUGGAAAGUAUUGCUGCUUGAAGCUGGCGGACACGAAACUGAAAUAUCUGACGUACCGAUUUUAUCACUUUAUUUACACAAGAGCAAAUUGGAUUGGAAAUAUAGAUCACAACCACAGGCGACGGCGUGCCAAGCGAUGCAAGAUAAUCGCUGCUGUUGGACACGCGGUAAAGUACUUGGCGGUUCAUCGGUAUUGAAUACAAUGCUAUAUAUUCGCGGCAAUAAACGUGAUUUUGAUCAAUGGGAAUCGUUUGGUAAUCCAGGUUGGGGAUACGAAGAUAUUUUACCAUACUUUCGAAAAUCCGAAGAUCAACGCAAUCCAUACUUGGCACGCAAUAAACGACAACAUGGAACUGGCGGACCCUUAACCGUUCAAGAUGCACCGUACAACACACCGAUUGGCAUUGGAUUUUUGCAGGCGGCACAAGAAUUUGGCUAUGAUUUGGUCGAUGUGAAUGGUGAACAACAGACUGGUUUCGCUUUCUUUCAAUUUAAUAUGCGUCGCGGAACACGAUGUAGUGCGGCCAAAGCAUUUUUGCGACCGAUUCGAUUAAGAAAGAAUUUGCAAAUUGCGUUAUUUGCACAUACGACACGAGUGCUGGUUAAUCCGGUGACAAAGCGCGCAGUUGGUGUUGAGUUUAUUCGUAAUGGCAUUAAACAAGCUGUAUAUACGCGAAGAGAAGUCAUUUUAACGGCUGGUGCAAUUGGCUCACCACAUAUCCUUCUAAAUUCAGGCAUUGGACCAAAACGAGAUUUACAAUCGGUCGGUGUGCCGGUAGUACAGGCUCUGGAAGGAGUGGGCCGUAACCUGCAGGACCACAUCGCAAUCGGGGGACUUGGAUGGACAAUUGACAAACCCGUUGGCAUCAAGACAAAUCGUUUAAUCAAUUUAAAUGCAGCACUUCGAUAUGCCAUCACCGAAAACGGUCCAUUAACCAGCAGCAUAGGUUUGGAGGCGGUCGGUUUUGUGAAUACAAAAUACGCAAAUCAUUCAGACGAUUGGCCCGAUAUGGAAUUUCACUUAACAAGCGCUUCACUGUAUGCAGAUCAACAAGCGAAAGUCGCUCACGGAUUGAAGAAAGAAUUUUUCGAUUAUGUAUUCGGUGAUUUGGUAACACAGGACACAAUCAGUGUUUUGCCAAUGAUUUUACGGCCGAAAAGUCGUGGAUUUUUAAAAUUACAUUCGAAAAAUCCACUGAGAUAUCCAUUACUUUACCAUAAUUACUUAACGCACCCGGACGACGUGAAUGUGAUGCGUGAAGGUGUCAAAUUGGCAGUUGCAUACGGUGAAACUGAUUCGUUGAAAAAACAAUUUGGCGCCAAAUUUCAUCAUCGUCAAGUUCCAAAUUGUCGACAUUUACCAAUGUUCACGGAUGAAUACUGGGAGUGUUUUAUACGCCAAUAUACAAUGACGAUUUAUCAUAUGUCUGGCACAUGUAAAAUGGGACCAUCUUCGGAUCUAGAAGCGGUUGUUGAUCCACAGCUACGAGUCUAUGGCGUUAAAGGUCUUCGAGUGAUUGACGCUUCAAUCAUGCCAACAAUUACAAAUGGCAAUAUUCAUGCACCGGUGAUUAUGAUAGCGGAAAAGGGAGCUGAUAUGAUCAAAGCACUGUGGCUACGUGACGAAAUGUUUCGUUACAAACGAUACGACAAUGGCCAAAGACUGGUGACACCGGCAGCGAAUGUAACAGAAACGAUGAACUCACGAUGAUCUGCAUUUGAAUUGAACUAUAUAUUUAUUACACAGAUUGAGUUUGUUUAAGAUUUUUUUUUUAAUUUGCUACGAAACCAAACAGAUUGAAAGUGCGUGUGACGAUUUUGAAUGAGAAGCAAACCUUGUUUUAAUUAUUUAUUUCAAACUAUUAAGAUUUAACGAUAAAAGAAAAUAACAACGCAUUUUAAGCAUUUAAAUAGAGAAUAAGAUGAUUCAAUCGAAGAAGAUAAUUAUCGAAUAAAUUGGUGUAAUUUAA